CUUAGAAUAUCUGGGACCGGUACGUGGCAAAAGUAAGUCACGGCUAAGUUCAGAGCCACAUCAUCAAGUCAGAGAACGGACGUGUUUGUCCACCAUUUUUGAUGUAACAGUUUUGUCACAAAUGUCUCCGCGAGGGGUAAUUUGUGUUCCACGGUUUCGAGUAGAUCCUGCCAAAGAUAUUGAAUAAACACUCGAUUUAUCGAGGACUAUCCGAUUCAACAGGACAAACUCGACUGAGCAUUCCUUCUUUCCGUGAUCCAUCAAUUCAAUAUCUCUAAAGCUGACCAGGGAACGGGAGAAGAUGUCUGAGAAAGUAAAGAGGAGGACCGCCAAGGCCAAGCUCACAAGAAAGGAAAAGGCAGUCCGCCUCCAGAUAGAUGAGAAUCGUCCUUCAUCAGAGGUGAGCGACAUGUUUGUAGAGUACCAACAGGCGUACCACGAGCUUACAGGCAUCCAUGAAGUGUAUGCAGCAACUAUAGAAGACGAUGCAACAUUUGAGCAAGAAGAACAGUGGAUGGAGAAAUGUCAGAAAGAUUUCUUAAUGUUCCAGAUGGAUGUUAAGGACUAUGUCCGUAAGGAGUCCCCAACUCCAGUGGUUGAAGUUCAGGACAGAAACAACCAAGCAGAUCCAAACCCCCUACCUGAUGACAUUCAUACAUCCAGUGAAGUCAAUCAGGCAAGCCCUCCUACGUCACAUGUUAGACAGGUCAGUAGUUUCCAGCUGGAGAGACCCAAGCUACCUAAGUUCAAUGGGGAUGUGAGAGAGUAUGGCAUAUUUAAAUCAGAUUUCAAACAUCUGGUCGAGAGCAGGUACGGGAACAGGGAUGCCAUUUCGAUUCUACGUACUUGUCUACAAGGACGUCCACUUGAUCUGAUUAGAGGUAUUGGGGCUGAUUAUGAAGCAGCAUGGGAGCAUCUUGAUUGCAUAUAUGGAGAUCCAAGGUUUGUGGCUGACGCAAUAAUGAACGAUCUCCACAAAUUCAAGCCUCUUAAAGAGAACGAAGAUGGUCGUUUUUGUGAUCUGGUACAUAUGGUGAGAAGAAGUUACAACACGUUAAAGGAAAUAGGCCGAGAGAAUGAUAUGAACAACAGUAACAUGUUGGCCAUGAUUGAACGGAAGAUGAACCCAGAUGACAGAAGAGUAUGGUUCCGCUAUCAAGAGAUAGACAAAGAUGAACAGCAAUCAGCUGUUUCCCUGGAGAUGCUGCUAAAGUGGAUGAGCGGAGAGAUGAAGGCCAGAAUGAGAGCAAAUGCUCCCCUAAGAAGUGACAGUCGUCAUGCAGUAGGGCACAUGUCACAGACACCUCAGAGACAGCAAUCAGAAGAAACUCUGCAACACCGUUGCUGGAUAUGCAAGACAGGAGACCAUUGGGUGGACCAAUGCAAAAAGUUCACAUCAAAGACCGCACGAGAAAGGCUCCAGUUUGUUAAGGAUCAACAUGCAUGUUUUAGCUGUUUGAAAAAAGCAGGGAGGAACCACUCAAUGGCAACGUGUCGGAGGAGGCAGCAAUGUCCGGAGAUGAGAGAUGGAAAGAGAUGUAACUAUUUCCAUCAUCCAUUGUUGCAUUUUGAUUCUGAGGGUGCGACUGGAAGAAGCACAGUUGGUGUUGCUGCAGUGGACAGUGGAGAAGCCAUGCUGCCCUUGGUUACUGCAGAUGUUGGGCACAGAGGGAACAUUUUAAGGGGAAAUGUUCUCCUGGACUCAGGUGCGCAAAUAAGUUUAAUAAGAGAUGAGUUUGCUGCUGAGCUGGGACUGGAGGGGAUCUCGGCUACCAUCACGGUAACCAAGAUAGGCAGAGAUGAGGAAACAUUGACAACGAAGAAGUAUAAAGUGCCCAUUAGAGAGGUAAAUAAAAGUAAAACAAUAAUGGUUACUGCAUUAGGAAUAGACUGCAUAAGUGAUGACGUAGCUGCGGUGAACCUGCCGGAGUUGGCCCAGAAGUUUCAACUGAGAGAAGAGGACUUGCAAAGAGGUAGUGGACCAGUUGAUCUUCUAGUUGGAAUAGACCAUGCUAGACUGCAUGCCGGAGAAGUUAGAGUAGUUGGCGGCUGUGCUGCUAGGAAGUCCGCUGUUGGAUGGGUUGUAUUUGGCACAACUCAGAGGGAAGCAGAGAACAGAACAAGAGUUCUUCAUGUUAAGUUAGCAAGCCCAGUUGACUUAACAGAUUUUUGGAAGAUAGAGUCAGAGGGUGUUAAUCCUACCUCCUGCCAGUGCACACAGAGUGGGCUUACCAAACAGGAAGCUGAGGAAGAGAGGAUUAUCAGGGCGUCAUCACGCAAAGUAGGAAGACAGUGGGAGAUAUCAUAUCCAUGGGAUAAAGAUCCUGAUCUCUUACCCAAUAACAAGUUCUUAGCAGAGAAGAUGCUCUUUGCUGCAGAAAGAAAACUCAGAAAGAAUCCAGAGCAUACAGAAGCCUACAAAUCUAAGAUACAAGAGAUGACUGAGAUGGGAUUUGCUAAGAAGCUAGAGAAAGAUGAAAUGACAACGUACAAAGGACCGGUACAUUACAUCAGUCACCACGCAGUAAUCAGGCCAGACAACAAAAGCACACCUCUGAGAAUUGUAUUCAAUUCAUCUGCAAUCUACAAAGGUCACUGCUUGAAUGAGUACUGGAAGAAAGGGCCUGACUUACUGAACAACCUAUUUGGAGUCCUCCUCAGGUUCAGAGAACACCCAGUGGCAAUAUGUGCAGAUAUUAGCAAGAUGUAUCACCGUAUAUUGAUUCCCGAAAGAGAUCAGCAUGUACACAGAUUUCUGUGGAGAGACAUGAACCAGGAGAAAGAACCAGAUGUGUAUAUGAUGAAGGUGGUGACGUUUGGAGACAAACCAGCGGCAGCAAUGGCGCAGAUAGGUGUAAGACUGACGGCUGAAGAAGGUGAAGCCAAGUACCCAGAAGCAGCUGCAAUCCUGAAAAGAAACAUCUACAUGGAUGACAUCUGCGAUUCAGUAGAGACCGAAGAUACAGCAAAGAAACGUAUCGCAGAGGUAGAUGAACUGUUGGAGGCAGGAGGUUUCAAGGUUAAAGGUUGGCAAUCAAACAAGCCACUUGAUGGAGGCAACAAGCAGGAAAAUAUGAAACUCUUAGAGGAGAUUGCUGAAGAGAAGGUGCUUGGUGUAGUAUGGGAGAGACAUAAUGAUACCUUCUCAUACAAGGUCAAGCUACAAGAAACGGAUAAAGAGACAGAAAAGCUGACUAAGAGAAAGAUCUUGGGAAAAGUAGCAAGAAUCUAUGAUCCUAUUGGUUUUGCUGCGCCAAUUAUCAUCAAGGCAAAGACUGGCUUACAGAAGCUGUGGCAGAGUGGUUAUGACUGGGAUGAGGAGUUACCUGAUGGAGAUGAAUGGAGAGGAUUAUUCAGAGAAAUGAGUAAGCUCAAUGACAUCAGUCUUGAGAGAUGUCUGAAACCACAGAAUGCCCAGGGGAGACCAGUCUUAUGUAUUUUCUGUGACGCUUCUGAGAUUGCAUAUGGUGCAUGCGCUUAUCUGAGGUGGAAGACAGAUGAUGACAAGUAUGAAGUGCGCUUCGUAUCAGCCAAGUCGAAGGUCGCACCUCUCAAAGCGCUCACUAUUCCUCGACUUGAACUGCUGGCAGGGGUACUAGCAGCUAGAAUGCACGAAGCAAUCAGCAAUGAGAUGAGGCUACAGGUGGAAAAGGUUGUUUUCUUCACUGAUAGUAUGAUUGUGCUCCAGUGGAUAAAGUCAUCUGCCAGAACAUACAAGGCAUUUGUAUCAAGCAGAGUUGGUGAAAUCCAGACACUAACAAACCCAGCAGACUGGAAACACAUCCCUGGUGAAGUCAAUAUAGCUGAUAAGGUGUCACGAGGUAUAGCUGUAGAGAGGCUGUCAGAAGAGUGGAAGGAUGGGCCCAUUUUCCUGCUCUCUGACGAGUCAGACUGGCCUACAGACAAGGCAGCAGUGAAUUGCAAAGGUGACAUAAGUGAGGAAAAGACAAAGUCCCAGUCAGUCUUCAUAACAACAGAGACAGCAGAAGUGAUAAAUUGUAAGAGAACUUUGAGUUGGAGAAAGCUCCUGAGAACGACCGCAUAUGUAUUCAGAUUUAUCCAAAUCCUGAAGGCCAAGAUACAGAAGGGACCCAAACCAGAUGACAAAGUUACUCUAAGCCCAACAGAGUUAGAUAGUGCAGAGAAGUACUGGGUAAAGAGAGCACAGAUCAGUCUACUGCCCAGACUAGAGAAAGGAGAAUUCAAGGUGCUCACUCCUUUUGUUGACGAUGAUGGUGUGAUCAGAGUAGGUGGUAGAGUGGAAAACCUUGUGACGUCAUACGAGUCGAAGCAUCCAGCUCUACUUCCUGCCAGCCAUCACAUAUCACUGAUGAUAAUACGUAGCGCACAUGAACUGGGACAUCAUGGUGUAGCAGCGACUACGGCCAAGACACGGAGAAAGUUUUGGAUACUCCAAGGUUACCGACUAGCUAAGACGGUGAAACAUCGAUGCGUGACGUGCAGAGCUGCAGAGUGUAGAAGGGAAACGCAGAUUAUGGCGAAUCUGCCUAGCUGUCGAUUGGCACCAUUCACCCCGCCUUUCCAUUAUACGUCAUGCGACUACUUUGGCCCAUAUUUAGUCAAGGUGGGUCGAAACAAGAAGGCCAAGCAUUACGGCAUCAUCUUCACAUGUUUGAAUACCAGAGCCGUACAUCUGGAGAUGGCAACAGACUGUUCAACGAUGGAGUUUCUCCAAGCAUUACGUAGAUUCAUUGCAGUGAGAGGGCAGCCUGCACAGUUUCUGAGCGACAACGGGACGCAGUUUGUUGGAGCGGAACGCGAGCUUCGCGAGAUGGUUAGAGGAUGGAGCGAGAGAGAGCUCAAAGAUUUUUGUGCCGAGAAACGUGUAGUGUGGAAGUUUGUUACUCCAGGAGCGCCUCAUCAGAAUGGUUGUGCGGAAGCCAUGGUGAAAAGUUGCAAGUUUGCUUUGAAAAGGGCAAUAGGUGAGCAAGUGCUCACACCAUUAGAGUUGUAUACAUGUUUCUUAGAGGUCGCGAAUCUUGUGAAUGAACGACCAAUAGGACGCGUUGGUAAUGAUCCAGAUGAUGGAGGUUACCUCUGUCCGAAUGAUUUGUUGUUGGGGAGAUCUUCGAGCAAGGUGCCUCACGGUCCAUUCCGUGAGACCAGGAAUCCCAGACAUAGAGUAGAGUUUGUGCAGCAAAUUGUGAACUCGUUUUGGAAGAGUUGGAACAGAGACGUGUUUCCAUUACUUGUACCACGAAGAAAAUGGAACACUGAGCGUAGAAACGUCCGUGUUGGAGACAUCGCGAUGUUGGCAGACGCAAAUGCAGUGCGAGGGAAGUGGACUAUAGCGAGGGUAGUUCAAGUGUAUCCUGGGGUAGAUGGUACAGUUAGGAAUGUCAAAGUUAAAACUGUCUCAGGAGAGUAUCGCAGGCCAGUUACAAAAAUAGCGAUAAUAUAUCCAGCUGAAGGGUAUGAUGGCUAAAGACUAGACAUUUGAACGAAAUAGAGAAGCGGAUAAUUAGGCAUUUUAUGUAAUGGGGUUAUUGCCCCAUUGGGGGGGUGAAUGUUUCAGUGAAAAUGUCAUUUUUUCAUUUGUGAUUUGUCUAGUAAGAAUUUAGACGAUUUUUCAUGUAUUAAGAAGUUUUCUUAUUUUCCUUUGAGAAGAUCACAUGUGU